AUGAAGAGCGUCAGAACAGGAGACCGAUUUCUUGGUCGCCUGCCCAACAUGGAGUGCGCAGUCAGUGCUCAUGGAGAUAUGGAUUGGUCACCCGAAUCCUUCGACUGCCUGCAGAUCCCUUCCGAUGACAAGACCUUGCUCUUGUCACUGGCGAAAACCCGCCCGGGUCUGAUACCGACGGUACCGUUCGACGACGUAAUUGAUGGAAAAGGCCAAGUACUCACCAUCCUUCGGAAUGGUCCACCGGGCGUUAAGAAGACCUUCACAGUCGAGGCAACCUCGGAAUAUUUCAAUCUUCCUCUCUAUUCGGCGAACUUGUUGUCGACCACGGCGAUUCGAUUGCGCUUGAGCAACAUCUUGACGCAGUUUCAAGAUCGCCAAACAUUUUAG